UCGCAGCUGAUAUAAGGACGUGGUUGUUCCGGCGAAAAGUGGAUUUUGCUGCUUGAAGGCAGACGGCUCCAGACAAGACUUUAUCAUGUUUUAAUCAACCAGUGUACAUAUUUUCUAGGACUGGAUGCUCUGAGUCGUCUGUGCAAUGAGAGGCGUGUGUGUCUGCUGUGAAAGCUCGGCUCUGUGACGCCUCCGGGCCGCUCGGCUCUCCGUCGACUGAAGAAACAAUGCAGGCCUAGCGAGCACCGGACACUAGCUAGCGGAAGCUAAUCGGAUAAGCAGGCUGCGGUGGGAUUUAAACCUCGGAGGAAAAACAAAAAACAGCUUUCGACGCCGUAAAAACACACAGGAUCCGCUAUGAGCUCUCAGCUGCAGGUCUUCUCUCCUCCUUCCAUCUCCUCCAGUGCCUUUUGCCGCGUGAAGAAGCUGAAGGUGGAAAGCAAUGUUUGGGAUGUGUCCACCACCGAAGCUUACAGCUCUAUAGCAGGCCAGUCGGCAUACUCCUUUGCCCCAGCCAUGGCUGUACCACCUUUUGCACCAUCCCUGGUCUUCCCCCCUGCGGCACCUGGCUCCAGAGGUCAAGUGGUGGUGCGGGCAGCCGACAGCACAGGCAGCGCGCCCCGCGGAUCCAGCCGUCGUGUCGCGGAGCAGGCGGCGUCUUCCUCUUACGUGCACGCCGAAACGUCCUCUGAAACAAGAGGGCACAGGCACGGGCAGAAGAGGAAGAUUGAGGAAAGCAAUGAAGGCAGUGGGAGCGGAUGUGGCAGUGUCCAAAUAUUGGAGGAGCUCUCGGCUCCUGCAGCAGCUUACUCCACCCGCACUGGUGGUGGCGGAGGGGGAACAGGCCAGUCUAUACCCCACUCAGCUCCAACCACCAAAAGCAGUAGCUCCAAUGGUGAAGGGGAUUAUCAGCUAGUGCAGCACGAGAUCCUCUGCUCUGUGUCCUGCAGCUAUGAAGUGCUGGAGUUCUUGGGGAGAGGCACAUUUGGACAAGUGGCCAAGUGCUGGAAGAGGGGCACCAACGAGAUUGUGGCCAUCAAGAUCCUGAAAAACCAUCCAUCAUAUGCUCGUCAGGGCCAGAUAGAGGUGGGCAUCCUGAACCGGCUGAGUGCAGAGAACGCAGAUGAGUACAACUUUGUGCGUUCAUACGAAUGCUUCCAACACAAGGGGCACACCUGCCUGGUGUUUGAGAUGCUGGAGCAGAACCUGUAUGACUUUCUCAAACACAGCAAGUUCAGCCCACUCCCACUCCGCCACAUCAGACCCAUCCUACAGCAGGUGGCUACAGCACUGAUGAAGCUGAAAAGCCUCGGUCUGAUUCAUGCAGACCUGAAGCCAGAGAACAUCAUGCUGGUCGACCCUCUUAGACAGCCCUACAGGGUGAAGGUCAUUGACUUUGGCUCCGCGAGUCACGUGUCCAAAGCUGUCUGCUCAACCUACUUACAGUCUCGCUACUACAGGGCUCCAGAGAUCAUUCUGGGUCUGCCGUUCUGUGAAGCCAUUGACAUGUGGUCUUUAGGCUGCGUGAUAGCUGAGCUGUUUCUGGGUUGGCCUCUCUACCCUGGAGCCUCUGAGUAUGAUCAGAUCCGUUACAUUUCUCAGACUCAAGGGCUGCCUGCAGAGUACUUACUGAGCGCCGGCACCAAGACCAGUCGCUUCUUCAAUCGAGGCCCUGACUCUAGCUACCCACUCUGGAGGCUUAAGACUCCAGCAGAGCAUGAAAUGGAGAUGGGCAUCAAGUCCAAGGAGGCUAGGAAGUAUAUCUUCAACUGUUUGGAUGACAUGAUGCAGGUCAACUUGUCUUCUCAUUUGGAGGGGACAGACAUGUUGGCUGAGAAAGCCGAUAGACGAGAGUUUAUAGAUCUCUUGAAGCGGAUGCUCCGUCUGGAUGCUGACAAAAGGAUCACACCUACGAAAACUCUGGGUCAUCCGUUUGUCACAAUGAGUCACCUCAUGGACUAUCCCCACAGCUCCCAUGUGAAGUCCUGCUUCCAGAACAUGGAGAUCUGUAAGCGCCGGAGCUCGUACGAUAGCAGCAAAUCCCUAUACUCCACCAAUGCAGUCCCCAGUGCUGCAGCGGGCAACCUCACUGUUACCUUCAGUAGCCAACUCAACCAGCAUAACCAGGUGCCUUCUGCGGGGGGAGCGGUGCCUUUGCUGAACUACCAGCCAGCUCUCUACCAGCAGGCGACUAUUAACAUUCCCGGGUUGGCUCAACAGAGUGUCCCGAUUCCAACACGUCCUGCUGGGCUGUGUAGCCAAACAGAACCCUUCCAGCAGACUCUUAUCGUCUGCCCACCCUCCACUAUUCAAGGGCUACAGCCAUCCAGUAAGAGUUCCAGUUUCCCUGUGAGGAUGGAGAACUCUGUACCCAUAGUACCUCAGAACCAGUCUGCUCAGUCACUGCAGAUCCAGCCUAGUAUGCUCACACAGGGUUCCUGCACACCCCUGAUGGUGGCCACCCUGCACCCACCCUCAGCAGGCAUAGCGCCCCAGUAUUCUCUGCCCCUCGGGCUGGGGGCCGGGGUGGGUCGGCCCACCCUGCUGGAGCACACAGCCACAGUGCUGCAGGCCUGGCCCACUGGCACCCAACAGAUCCUCAUACCAUCAUCAUGGCAGCAGGUCCCAGGUGUGGCCAUCCACAGCUCUGCCCACCAGUCAAAUGUGGCUGAAUCACCCCUGGAAACACUGGAUGCUUCCACACAGCAGGGACACAGCUGGAGGAGCACAACACAAGGCAGGACCCAGCAGGAGAGGAAGAAGGUGAAGGCCAGACGUGGAGAGAACAGAAACAGGGGUUUAUCCACUGCAUCAUUACUUGGCAGCAGCGGUGUGACCCCACCCAACUCCAGCGCCACGUUGUCCCAGCCAAUCAUCAUCUCCGACACACCCAGCCCAGCGGUCAGCAUCAUCACUAUUCACAGUGACACCGACACAGAGGAUGAGCGAAAGUUCCAUCCCGCCAGCGUUGGUCUGAGCCAACGCACUAACGUUAUCAGCUGUGUGACUGUGCACGACUCGGACUCCUCUACAGCCAGUCCCCUGACUCCUCUGCCCCGCACGCUGAACACAACUAGCACCAUGUCAUCGCGCCAGGCCAAGUCCCUGGCAGUGGUGGCACCUUCAGUCAAAACCCAGGGCACUGACAGAGGAGCAGUUUCACGUGCACGCCUAGAAACUGUGAACUACAUGAAGCCUAAGAGAUCCUCCAACCGACAGCCCUGCAGCUCAGGGGAGAGCAUGGAUCGUCAUGGAUUGGUGCCGAGCCAGUCACACCCUUUAAACCUCAGCCAGGUUCAGCCCGUGGUUUCAUCAUCUCAGGAGCGCUCCCAAAGUGACUCGUCUUUGCGUCGCCAGCAGACGUUCCCCCCGGCCGUCUCUGCCUCUCACUACAACUUCCCGGAAGUUUCCGCCCUGGCCUCGGCCUCGGCCCCUGGCCCCAGCCUGUACACCUACCCGGCCUCCACCGCCCUCUCCUCGGCUUCUCAGGCCAUGGAGCAGCUGCUCGGCCGUGGUCACGGCAGCCACGGGCACUCCCCCUCCACCUAUGCAGCAACGUACACCUCAUCCUCCUCCAGGAGGGACUCAGCCAGUCGCAAGGAUUCUGUCAGUAGUCUGCUGCACGGCCUCCCCGCAGCCUACCAGCAUCAGUUUGCCACUGGUUCUCCUUACGUUAGUGUGACGCCCCGGGCCGAGGCUUACAGUGCCUACCAGCUAAGCCCCAGGCGCCUUACACAGUACCCCUACCUAUAGGGAGUCGCACACACUUUGAACAAAGAAAAAGAAAAAAAAUCUACUUCCCCACAUGCUAUCACAAAGGGACAUUUAAACUGUAUUUCUAGUAGAAUAACUGGUUGGUCUUAUCUGUUUGCUGCUUGUGCAGAAUUUCACCUCCCAACUCAUUCACAUGCUCCUUUUGGACUGUUUUUAGUGUUUCUGAAAUGUUCUUGGGUAUUAUUUGAUAUGUAUCAGUUUAUUUUCCCUUUUUAAAAUAUUGUUCAUAGCCCAUAUUUUAUCCCCAUCUAAUCCAGAUGUACGAUUAUGGCAUUGUGGUAAAUGUAUUUUACUCCUGUUUUAUCUUGAGGUUUUGUGUGAAGAGAGAUUAUCCUUCUGUCACAAACUGCGACGACACUUUAGGCGAGGUUUUAGACGCCUGACUCACAAGGCUAGUGAAGGGCUAGCUGACAAAGAGAGUUACAAGUCAUUAGUUUUUCCAUGAGCCUUGUUACAAAGUUUUCACACUAAUCCGACGAGGCCCUGUGUUUUUAGCUAACAUAACUGUACCUUUUUAACUAUCUGUUUACUCACAAACAAUGUCUUUUACUAUGUUUAAAUUAUGUUUUGUCACCGUGAGGUAGAAAGAGGAAGGUCCAUGAAGAUGUCGAAUAAGAGAACGAUGUGGUUAAAAACUGUGAUGGAUGUGUUUUAAUUUAAGUGCACAUGUGAUAGUCUGUUUAAUGUAGUGUAGACAGUGUUUAGGCAGGAUUAAUCAUGUCCUCAUACAAUAGAAACUUUUUUUUUUUUUUUAACUGAGUGCUGAAUGUAUUUAUGAAGUACAGAGGAUUGAGAUCACCAUCCUGAGGAAUAAUGAAAUUGAAAAAAAAAAAGAAAGAAAUUAACGUUCUUCCCUACUUUCUCUCCUUGAAAUAUAAAAAAAAUCAAUUUCCAUGUGAACUGAGAAAUAUUCUCGAUCUGUGAAUCCUGACUGUGUAACCUGCUCGUUUAUGAAAACUGAUUUAUGGCCAGUCUUUUACAGUUUUCUAUUAGGGGAGAGGACAGAUUGCUCUUGUCCUGUUUUCUCCUUUUAACACUUUGAAAAAUGCUCACUAGGAAGUUUUAUCAAACUGCCCACGCUGCUGUACAACGACAAGAUGAUGCAAUCUGUUAAAAAGAAAACAAAAACUCAACGUCUGAGAAACUUCUUUAGCAGACGUGCCUCUUCAAGAAGUCAGUGAAAGGUGGUGCUGUUCACUAAACACACUGCUUUUUUUUCCCCCUCUAAAAAAAUUUAAAAAAAAUGUUUUUGUCUGAAUAUAAUAUGUUGAAAUUGAUGCAGUGUCUUAUUGUUUAGUCUUAGCGCUGCCACCAUCUUUAAAGGAGGUGAAUCUCGGGGUGGUUUCUGUGGGUUAUGAAAGCUUUUUAGUAAACCCUUCCCUGUUGUGUUUGCAUCAGUUUUGUGUUGUAAUGUCUGGAUAUUUAACUGUAUUUCAUCUUAACAUAGUAUAGUUAAGAGGCUAUUUGGUGGAACUAAUUCAGGGAAAAAGGUUUCAGCUCAAAUAAUCCACUGUCACUGUUUUCAAUAAAAUAACCACAAACAAAAA